UUCUGUCUAUAUUAUGUACGGUCUAUUCCCUUUCCAAACAGAUAUGAAGGUCAAGCAGGUUGCUGACGCCUGAUUCCAGACAUUGUCUACAACAGGAUGUACACAUGCAUGUCCUUCUCCAAAGAAUGGCAUGAUCUCGCCCAUCGCCGACUAGCUCUGAGAGUUACCGCACCCAGAGGAUCUCAACGUUCAACAUACUUUCUCUCCCUCCCAUACCGGUACUUGAUUCCAAUCUCGCUGGUGUCAAUCGCCACGCACUGGAUUCUAUCUGAGAGCUUGUUCCUGGUCGCCAUCGACGUCUACGAUGAGCACGGGGAACUCGACAUCUCUCAAUCAAUCCUCACUUGUGGAUUCUCGUGCAUAGCGCUCAUAUUUCUGAUCGGAGUCGGGUGGCUUGUCUUGAUCGCGGGAGUGGGUAUGGGCCUUCGAAGAUACAAUGGAGGAAUGCCUCUAGCUGGGAGUUGCAGUGCGGCUCUCAGUGCUGCUUGUCAUCCAGUAGCUGAUGAACAAGAUGUUGCUUUGGUGCCAGUAAAAUGGGGUGUUGUGAGUAUCUCGCAAGGUGUUGGUCACUGUGCGUUGAGUGGACGGUAUGUUUCGCCUCCUGUUGCCCUCCGCUGGUAUCAGGGACAGGGGCACGAUUGAGAAUCUUGCUACUUUAUUGGUACGCAAUGAUCACUCCUAAAAUAUCGUCUAGUCACUUAUCAAUAUCACUUUACGAUGAAGCAUUCCUUUUAAAUGGAAUGAAUCAAUGCGACUUUCUGCGAUCAUGGUGCUCGUGAUGCUACGGAACUUGUUCGACCGAAGGCCUUCACACCUCGGUGACGCCUGCACAGCCCUGUGGCUGACCUGAGACCAGCUGUGCAUGCAACACCAUCACACCGAGAACCAAAGUGCAAAGCAUUUAUAUUCUCGCCAGUCUCUCAAAAUCAAAUAUCUUUCUUAACUCAAUUCGUAUCAGAACAUUUUUUUAAGAUAAUUCGUCUGAGAUCGCUCAAUUCAGCAGCCAAAAUGGACGAGCCAGCAUCAGAGGAGCAAGCGACAGAACUGACCCCUGAGAUACUUCGCAUAUCUACCAACUUGGCAUCGCAAAUGGCCAUGAUAUCGCUGUCAACAAUAACCUGCGAGUUGCACGAACAUUGCGACGGCAGCUGCAGCGGCAACGGGCCCGUCAUUCUCGAACCCAUAGAAGUCGGCCACAAUUCAUAUCGUGCCCAAGUCAGAGACCGGCCAACUUUCAACUUCCCUCUCGACCAAGAACACCCCACAGAGAUCCCCGAAGAGUUUUAUCAAUAUACACCAAUCGACUCUGCGGCUGGUGAGAUUCGUGUUUUGCGCCUUCGAGAAGCGAUGUUCAGAUCAGAUGUUGUAGUCUUAGAACUCGUCACUAUCAAUAUUCGUGAUGUUAAUCGACCCGAUUUUGCGGCACUGUCGUACCAUUGGGGAGAGCCGCUCUUCGAUAAAGCUAUUGUGUGUAAUGAGAAGCGACUGGAUGUCAAUGCGUCCUUGCUUGCCUGUCUCAAGCGCCACAGAGCAGACUGGCUUGAGAAACCGGAAUAUCUCUGGGUUGACGCCAUCUGUAUCAAUCAAAAAGACUCGGAUGAAUUGAACCAGCAGCUCCCACUCAUGGGUGACAUCUACAGGAGCGCGAUAAUGGUAUUCGUAGAUUUCGGAAACGUGCAAAUGGAGUGGUACGUUGCCUACGAUUUGAUGCUCCGAGUCCAGAUCGUCCGAAAAAUGCUCGAAGACCGAGUAGAAGAACUAGUCAGCGAAGGGCUUCAAGAACGUGUGGGACUCCCGUCAUUUGACCAUGUUUCAUGGCAUAAUUUCACGGCUAUCUUCAUGUCGUCUUGGCUAGAGAGGACAUGGACGAUUCAAGAGGUUGUGCUGGCAAAGCAGAUUCGAUGCCGAUAUGGGCGGUUCAACUUCGGAUGGGAUGAUCUGAUCUCAAUGGCACAUCUGAUGUCCCUCCAGGGAGUGCAGGCCAGGCAGCUUGCUGCUGGGACUCUUCCAAUGCAGCAAAUGAUUGGGAUGCUGAAUCUCGAUCGGAUCUUGAGGAUCAGGCUUGAGUUCCAAGCUGGGCGACUGACUCCGAUGCAGUUGCUUUGGCGUACGCGGGAUUGUAAAGUGUCAAAUCCGCGAGACAAAGUUGUUGGAUUACUCGGAAUGUUGGUUCCGAACCUGACAAGAGAUAAAUUCCAACCCGACUACACCUGGCAGACGGAGAAGUUGUUCUACCAUUUUGCUAAAUAUGUGCUGAAGAAUUUCCAUUUCAAGGACCGCGCAGCACUUCUUUCCUUUGCGGGUUUAUCUCGUCGACGAAAAUCUCAGCAAGAUAAAGCAGAAGCUGAGAGCCAGCCGCUUCUUCCUUCUUGGGUUCCAGAUUGGCUUGCACUUGACAGCGCUGGCCCUGCAGUGUUUUCCAUAAUCAGGGAGAAAAGUUUCAAUGCCUCGAAGGGCACUUUGCCAGUCAUGUAUCCACUUGGAGAGUAUGGCACAGAAGAGUGUUUCAUUACUCAGAUAGGAUAUAGUCUGGGAAAAAUUGUCAGCUUGACGAGAACCAAGGACGAGUUGACGAUGGAUGAUGCCGCUACAGCAACCUCAACGAACGAAAUAUCGGGACCAGCCAAAGCAACAAUCUCACAAGACACCAAUGUGAACAUAAUGCAGAAAUUGGAUCUGGAAUGGUUGAGUUGGCACAACGAUGCUGUGAAGGUGCUUGAUGCUGCAAUUUCUGAGAACGAAUUAAGCAAAUAUGAAGAUCCAAGGGCCGCUUUUGCGUUCUCGCUUAUUGCUGGCGACGAUUACAAAGGUGCCAACGCAACAGUCACAACCUUACCAAUCGAAGACCCCAAAUCAUCACUUACUGCAGUCGUGGCCGAUAUAGCUUCCCCUGAACCAACACUUCAGCUUGAGAUCAUGAAUCCGGACAGCUUGUACAAACGGCAGGCUGCGGUAGCCUGUCGUGACCGCCAUUUCGCGGUGACGGCAGCUGGUUACAUGGGUCUGGUGCCGGCCUGUAGUCAAAUUGGAGAUGAGGUUUUCCUUCUAGGUGGCGUUUCGACUCCGUUUGUGUUGAGACAGAAGGACGAGAAGAAGUUCGUGUUGGUGGGAGAUUCUUAUAUCCAUGGCGUUAUGGAGGGCGAGAUUGCGGAAGGUCUUCAAACGUCUGAUUGGACACCUGUUUUCAUCUAUUAGAAUUUCCCAAUCCAUUUGCUAGAGGAACAUCAAUAACAAUGGA